GCGAGGUGGUGUCAGUCACAUGGAGAUUUCGGUUGAAACCGGGAGGUUGUUUUGGUGAAAUUUUGUGCUUAUUUUUGUUUAAUUUCCAAAAUGUAUUCCGCGGAAGAUAACGCACGUAUUGAAUUGAUAAAGAAGCACAUCGGAGAGUAUCCGGAUUUUCCCAAAAAGGGUAUCAUUUUCAAAGACGUUUUUACUGCUCUGUCUUCCGGAGAAGUCUGCAGGGCUGUUAAAGAGCUCUUCUUGUCCUACAUUAAAUCCUCAUGCCCAGACAUUGAUGCUGUGGUGGGUUUGGAUGCCAGGGGGUUCCUCUUCUCGCUCCUGAUUGCUUCAGAACUCUCCAUUGGCUGUGUCCCAAUACGGAAGAAGGGAAAACUUCCCGGAGAAACGUAUUCUGUGGAGUAUCAGCUGGAGUACGGAGUGGAUGUGUUCCAGUUGCAGAAGAGUGCCCUCAAACCCGGGCAGAAGGUUCUCAUUGUGGAUGAUUUAAUAGCAACCGGAGGGACUCUCGAGGCGGCAACGAAACUCAUUGAGAAAUCAGGAGCUGUGGUCGUUGAGUGUUUAGCCAUAAUGGAGCUGACUCCCCUAAAGGGACGAGACAAGCUCAAAAACUACAAAGUACAUUCCUUCAUUCAGUAUGACGAAGAUUGAGGAGGUUGCAUCGGUUGCAAUGGUUGCAACGGCUGCAUGUAGGAUGUGUCUCGAACUUUACAUUCCCGAAAAAUUUCUUAAGAAGCUUAAGAAGAAUUUUUUUUGUUAAAUAGAUUAAUUUACAUAAAUGUUUUUAUCAAUUUUGAAGGAAUAAAGAAUUUUUUAAAGAUUC